UCGAGGGGUUAUGUGCAAACCGCGGCAGAGGAAGGGUCGGGCAGGAGAAUCUCUCCCUUCCUCCGCAUCCUCUCCGGCGACGGCGAGGCUCCGACGGCGGCCUGAGAUGGCGAGGAAGGGGGUGUCGUACGUGACGGCCGCGGAGGUCGUGUCCAUGGUCAGCGACCCCCACGUCGCAAUCAUCGACGUCAGGGACGAGGAGAGGAUCUGCGACGCCCACAUCGCCGGCUCGCACCACUACGCCAGCGAUGGCUUCGCGGAGCGGCUGCCGGAGAUCGCGGAGGCCACCAGGGGCAAGCAAACCCUCGUCUUCCACUGCGCCCUCAGCCAGGUGCGCGGUCCAACUUGUGCAAGAAUGUUUUCUGACUAUUUAUCAGAGACCAAGGAAGAUUCAGCCGUCAAGAGCAUCACGGUCCUCGAACGUGGAUUCAAUGGAUGGGAGCAUUCAGGGAGACCUGUUUGCCGCUGCAAGGACGCUCCUUGCAAGGGUGUAUGCUCUUGAGCACUGGUACCAACAUGUUGCAGUUUUUUCAACCGCGAGGGAUAUUGCUCCGCGCGUUACCAAAACGCUCGCUGUCUACAAGAUAGCCAUCUGUAGCUGAUUACUUCUAUAGCACAUUAAAAUGGCAUCUCUCAGUUGGAUGAACCAGCAAUGACGCUAUGUUGAUCCAUCCAUUGAAUCGACAGUUACUUCAUGCCAUGUAAACUGCAAAACUUAUUGGCAAUUAUUGAAAAUAUAUGCUUCCAUCC